CGGAGCCGAGGGGCGAUGGAGCAAACCGCUCGCAGCUGGCAGCAUGACUUUCGCCCCCGUCUUUCUGGGGCUCCUGCUUGUCGGGGCGCUUCCUGAAGCCGGCGGCUCCGUGGCCAACCGCUUCGCUUCCCCGCCUUAUUUGUCGGCCACCCUUCGGGGCCCGGCCCCGGCGCAGCCACGCUCCCCGCCGCUCCAACCCCAGCAGCCCGCCGGCGGGGGCGGCUGCCCCCGGAGCGGCGGGCGCUUCGUCAACGUGACGGAGUUCGGCGCGGGGUGUUUGCCUUGGGCGGAGGUCCCCACCUUCCUGGAGAGGAUGCCGCAGGGCAAAGGGCUGCGCGGGCAGCGCAACUUCUGCAGGAACCCAGACGGCAGGAGCAGGCCCUGGUGCUUCUACAGGAACAACCGCGGCAGGGUUGACUGGGGCUACUGUGACUGCAGACAAGGAUCAGUAAGACUUAAAGGUGGUAGAAAUGAGUUUGAAGGCACAGUUGAAAUAUAUCUAAAUGGAAUAUGGGGAACAAUCUGCAGUGACCGUUGGGAUAAUGCUGAUGCUUCAGUGAUAUGUAAACAACUUGAACUUGGAGAGAGGGGCACAGCAAAGCACACCCUAUUUUCUGGACUGGGCCUUAUUCCUGUACACUGGAGCAAUGUGCAUUGCCAUGGUGAUGAAGAAAACAUCCUGCUAUGUGAAAGAACUAUUUGGCAGGGUGGAACGUGUCCCCAGAAUAUGGCAGCUGCUGUCACGUGUAGCUUUUCCCAUGCCUCUGAUUUUAUUCCAGUCCGGCUGGUGGAUGGAAGCAGUACUUAUGAAGGAAGAGUUGAAGUGUAUCAUGCUGGCCAAUGGGGAACCAUCUGUGAUGAUCAGUGGGAUGAUGCUGAUGCUGAGGUAGUCUGCAGGCAGCUUGGCUUUGGUGGAGUGGCCAAGGCAUGGAGCCAGGCUUAUUUUGGAGAAGGCUCGGGUCCUGUGCAACUGGAUGAAGUACGCUGUACAGGAAAUGAGUUGUCUAUAGAACAGUGUCUAAAGAGUUCCUGGCAAGAACACAACUGUGGCCAUAAAGAAGAUGCAGGAGUUUCAUGCACACCUCUGGCAGAUGGUGCAGUCCGACUAGUUGCUGGGAAAGGCAGUCAUGAGGGACGGCUGGAGGUGCUUUAUAAUGGACAGUGGGGCACAGUCUGUGAUGAUGAAUGGACUGAACGGAACACACAUGUGGUUUGUCGACAACUGGGCUUUAAGAAUGGGAAAAUUGUUUCAGAAGGCUACCUAGACGAAAAUACAAGACCUAUCUGGCUGGAUGACAUUACCUGCUCUGGAAAAGAGUCUACCAUCGUGCAGUGUUCUAAGGGGGAAUGGGGACAGCAUGAUUGUAGUCACCAGGAGGAUAUUAGUAUAAGUUGCAAUCGAGAUAAUGACAGCCACAAAGUCUUGUUAGGACCUCCUAUCAGAUUGAUGGAUGGUGAGAAUAAGAAAGAGGGCCGAGUGGAGAUCUAUAUUAAUGGCCAGUGGGGAACAAUUUGUGAUGAUGGAUGGUCUGAUAAGGAUGCAGCUGUGGUAUGUCGACAACUGGGCUACAAAGGUUCAUCACGAGCAAGGACUAUGGCAUAUUUUGGGGAAGGAAAAGGUCCUAUUCAUGUGGAUAAUGUGAAAUGUACUGGAAGUGAAAGAUCCCUCACUGAUUGCAUUAAACAGGAUAUUGGCAAACAUAACUGUCGUCACAGUGAAGAUGCUGGUGUCAUCUGUGACUAUCUUAGCAAGAAAGCAUCCAGUAAUAAAGAUUCUCUUGCUUCUGUCUGUGGUUUAAGAAUAUUGCAUCGUCGCCAAAAGCGGAUUAUUGGUGGAAAAAACUCCUUAAGAGGUGGCUGGCCCUGGCAAGUAGCUUUGCGCAUGAAAUCAUCCCAUGGUGAUGGAAGACUUCUGUGUGGUGCCACUCUUAUCAGCAGUUGCUGGGUGCUUACUGCAGCACAUUGUUUUAAGAGGUAUGGCAACAAUACUCGAAACUAUGUGGUACGCAUUGGAGACUACCACACAUUGGUACCUGAGGAGUAUGAAGAAGAAAUUGGAGUACAAGAAAUUGUGCAACACAGAGAAUAUAGGCCUGAUAGCAGUGACUAUGACAUUGCACUAGUGAGGUUGCAAGGACCUCAAGAACAGUGUACUCACUUUAGCACUCAUGUUUUACCUGCCUGUUUGCCAUUCAGGCGGGAGAGGCCACAGAAAGCUGCUAAUUGUUACAUCUCUGGCUGGGGUGAUACAGGUAGAGCCUACUCACGAACGUUACAGCAAGCCGCUAUUCCCCUUAUUCCUAGAAGAAUUUGUGAAGAACGGUAUCAGGCAAAAUUCACAGGGAGAAUGCUUUGUGCUGGUAGCCUCCAUGCACAAAAACUGGUAGACAGCUGCCAGGGAGACAGUGGUGGACCAUUAAUGUGUGAACGGCCAGAAAACAUCUGGGUCGUGUAUGGUGUGACUUCCUGGGGGUAUGGGUGUGGAGUCAAAGAUUCUCCAGGUGUCUAUACUAAAGUUUCCUCUUUUAUACCUUGGAUAAGAAGCACAAUCAAACUAUGAAUGUCCCUCGUUGCAUUGGGGGAAAUACUUUUUUUCAUGUAUGUAUUUUUGGAUAUUAAAAUAAUACAUCCUAGAAGUAAUUUUGACUUGAACACGUAAUUCUGCCAAGACAAAACAGCACUGAUUACAGCUGCACAAAUCAAUUCAUUGUAUACAUAAAAACUACUAUACUGUACAUCUGUAUGAAACAUACACAGCAUUAUUUUUUUGUACUGUGACAACAAAUUUUCUACACUGAACUCUAUCCCCUAGUAGUUUCAAAGACUGAAUUUUUAACUGACUUUAUACUGCGUUUUAUCUUUAUAGAGAAGUCAUCCUGCCCUGAUUUCAUUGUACAUUAAAGAAACAGUUGAAUAAAAUAUAUUGUAAAAUGUCAAAGAUCACAUAUGUAUAAAAUUAUGGUUUUUAAUGGUAUGGGUUACUUUUAGGUUGUAAUCCAAUUUCCCCCAACUUCUUUGCUACCUUGGAAUAAAAAUCCUAGACUCCUCA